CUCCGCGCGCGGCCGCCAUGGCGGGCGCGCUGGCCCGCAAGGCCGCGGACUACGUGCGCAGCAAGGAGUUCAGGGACUACCUCAUGAGUACGCACUUCUGGGGGCCAGUGGCGAACUGGGGUCUUCCUAUUGCUGCUUUUAAUGAUAUGAAGAAAUCUCCAGAAAUCAUUAGCGGCCGAAUGACAUUUGCACUGUGUUGUUACUCCUUGACUUUCAUGAGAUUUGCCUAUAAAGUACAGCCGAGAAACUGGCUUCUCUUUGCAUGCCACUUUACUAAUGAAGUUGCACAACUUAUCCAAGGAGGACGACUGAUCAAACACAGGAUGGAGAAAAAGAACUAAGUAUUUCUUAACUUGAAAUAAAGCCAGAAGCCUGCUCAUCCUCAAUGACARCUAAGGAAGACUUGCCAUCUACAGUUGCUGUGAUGAUUACAGUGGGGAUACAAGUGAAACACCUUUAUGAAUGACCCCUCUGCCCUAAAUAAUAAUCGACUAAUUUUUAGCUUGCCUUUUAUAAAAAUAUCCAGCAAUGUAAACCAUUGCAUUUAAUGACUUCUGCCUUACAAGUUCUUAAUAAUUGCCCUUCUAAUAAGGAGUUGCUCGUUUAAAUAAACAAUAUUUGGAAAAGAACUUUUAUCCAACAGUCUGCAAAUGUAAAUGGCCUGUGAUGGUUURACAAAACUUGUUUUCAAAUAGAGGUCAUUAAAACAGAACUGUAGGUGGUAUCACUAUUUUACAUAUUAACAUAUCCUUAAAAGCCAUUUAACUUAACUUGGGUGCAUUCAUUCCUGUUGUCUAUUUUUAACCUUCAGCAGCUGCUUGCUAAUCUACAGGCACAAAUGUGUAGACAGGCAGCCUGAAGGGACCACCUUUCCCACUUCCCUUACUGCAUGCCUUGUCUCAGUAAGGAGACUUAAUGUACAUGCGUUUUUUAAGUCGCACAUUAUGUAAAGAAAAAUCAGAAAACGGAAAGCUUAGCACUGAAGGAAGACAGAGUCUGUCACUGUUCCUCGAAGUUCUAAUGUCCUUCCCAAAAGGGAUCUUUCUAGGUAUCUGUAUUUCUUCUUCAGGCAGAAGAUGAAUGCCUUGCUAGUUGGGGAGCUGAAAGACAAAAGAUGCCUUUAGUAGCGCUUGACUUCAUUGUGAGUUCCUGAUGCCUGACCUGCCUGAAUGUGGCACUGUUGUGAAGAUGUAGAUGACAAAGA